AUGAAGGACACAUUGCGGAGGAAAGGCAGCAAGCUACACAAAUCCGUUGAUCUUGACAUCACUAACACUGAUACACUGCAACCUCCAAACAAUGGAACAAACGACAAUGCACCCCGGCACUCGCGCUCUAUAUCUACCGCCAGUGUCAUGCCGGGCGGUACCGGUGAGAAGAACCCCUGGGACGAUGAGGUCUCAGCGUCCUCGCCAAUUCGGCCCACCAAGCCGGAUGACUACGAUGACCGUGGUCGUGCACAGAACUUGGACCUUCCAGGAACUCAACGGAAUGAAAGAAGUGUCAGCGAGAAGCCAACUCGACGACGCAAGAAGACUUUGAAUCAAGUUACGCCACACAGGUUCGAGCUUGUUGACGCUAAGCGCGACAGCUUGCUAGCCAAACCUCCAUCAAUACCUAUAGCAUUGAGACCGUCCACGCCUACAGAUAGUCUCACUGUGUCGAAGACUCGAAGUACAGGCGAAUCCAAUCAUCGGUCUGAACGACAGAAACUCGUCUUCAGCCAGCAUCAAACACUGGCCGAAUCAGAGCCCAUACUACCGGCCCCUCCGAAGACCUCGAAGAAAGCCAAAACACCCAGACCGCAAAAGCGAUCUUUCAGUAGGAUUAUAGUCUCGGCUAACAUCACACCUGUUGGACCUCGACCACCGUCGCCGCCCCAGAUUUCUCUGCCAGCCUCACCGAAGCGGUCGAAGCGGACCAGCAGCUAUGAUUUUAUCGGAGACUUCGGUCUAGGCCGAGAUCGCGACAGGAACAACCCAUUUACUGCUUCACCCGUGGCUAAUGCACGGCCAGACAGAGUCUCGUUACCGUCACGGCCGUUGACCACGACUCGCCAGCCUUACCUCUACCGCCCACCAAGUGAUCCCUUGCCAACAGGGUCACUCUUCAACAAAGUGGUUGUCAUUACUCAUGGCGCCUCUGCUCUAUCUGCCGCCCUCUUGACCACUCUCCACCGUGCACACGCGCGCAUCAUCUUCUCUACACCGCCUGAUCUGGCACCACAAGCCCGUCUACUGAUCCGCUCCCUCGGUCCACCUGACACUAUUCACUUCAACUCCUGCGACCUCGCAUCCUACUCCGAUAUUCACGCCCUAUUCGCUUUAGCUCUAACUAUGUACGGACGCGUUGAUCACGCAGUGUUCGCGCCAGGAGACGAUGGUGGCCAUGCAAGGACUGUCGGCGUUGGCGAGAAGUUGUGGGGCUUGGACACCGGCAUGAGUGAUAGGAGAAACAUGACCGAUAAGGCCGAGCUUGAAUCUAUCGAGUCGUUUGAGCCGAGGGACUAUUCGGCAAGCUCAAGCAGAAACAUUUGCGACGUCAUCGGCGUCGGAAUACGCUUUGCGCGAAUCGCCGUUGGGUAUUUACGGAACUCGCCUGGACGACGACAGACGCAUCACUCCAAUGGCGACUCAUUGUCACCGGUCUCAGCGCCCGUCUCGAAGGACUCGAGCUGGAGCGAGGAUCGCAGCCUGACCUUCAUUUCUUCAACAGCGGCGUUCAUGCCGGUGCCUUACUUGCCGGUGUACAGCACUGCACAGCACGCUCUUCUUGGCCUAGUUCGGAGUCUGGCCACAAGCAUGGACUACGGUCGCGACGGCGUCCGCGUCAACAUGGUCGCAACCAACAUGCUCCUCCCUUCCGCAGUCGAGACGAAUGGUGGCGGACGAACAAGCGUGCAGCUGCCUACCGAGAACGGCGAGGAUGUCGGCCAUAUCAUUGCCGGCCUGAUAGGCAAUGCCUCCGCUGACAGUGAGUACCGUACAGGGGAACAGGAGGAAGCAAUACUGCAUGGCAGGAUACUCUACGCAAUGGGACGAGAAGCGGUGGACAUUCAAGAUGGACUGAACAUCAACGAGCGUAGCUGGCUAGGAGACACCGGAAAGGAUGCAUACGACCGUGCGAGCGGUAACGCGAACGGGAAUGAGGCAAAAGGGCGAUGGAUGUUGAUGGACGCGUUGGACUCGCCGACACUGUUCUGA